AGUAUAUUAUUUGAUAUGCUUUACUCUGAAGACAAUACUGACAAUGAGCAAGAUGAUUUGCCUUAUGAUGGAGAUCUACCACAUAGAAGUCAAUUUAGUUAUGAUUCACAGAAUUUGGAAGAAUUUAUUUCUGUAGAACAUGUCUCCCCAACUGUUUCCACAUUGACAUCUUCUAUCAGCAGUCUGACAAAAGAAAAUUCAGACUGUAAAAAGCAAUUGUCUCAAAGGAAAAUAAAUACGGCGCUGUUGACUCAAAAAAAUGACAUAGAAUUUACCAUGAGCACAGGAAAGGAAGUACACAUUGGUGGUUUUACCAAUUCAGGAAGAAAUGAAGAGUUUUCCAACUCAAAAAUGUCAGAUGUCCUUUUACGUCAUUUUCCAACAGAGGACUUAACAUACCAAUUAAUUGAUUCUGAGACUAUCCCAGAGAUAUCAUUUACUGACAGUUUUGAUGAAACAGUACUAAUAAAAAAUAAGAUUUCAGAAAAUACAGGGAUAUUUUCCUCAGAAGAAGAAAUAAAGAAUAGUGAAAGGAAAGUAAGUUGUAACUCAGUUUUAAAAAAUUGGAAUUUGACCCAAGAUAAGCUAUCUUUAACAGACAAUGAUGAUCUUGUUUGUAGUAGCAAAUACUACAACAUGGAUGACUCACAAUUUCUAAUUCAGAAGGAACCUGGAAUUAAUGAAGACUUAAAUUAUACCUCUACUCGCAAAGAGUAUCAAAAUCAACAAUAUUUUCUGGAUAACACUGAAAAUUUUCCUAAUCCCCAAUGCAAUGAAUACCAGGCUUAUUAUAGACUUCAUGAUUCCUCUGAGAUUUCUCCCAAAGUCAAAGAAUUGAAAGGAAAUAAUGAAAGCUUUGUAUUUUUGGAAUCUAAUACAAUCAGAAAUCAAGAAGAGGAAAAUGGACCUUUUGAACUUGAUCAACAGCUAGAGGUGCUGACAAGGCAAGCUGAGGUUCAAAAUCAUAUCGAUCAUUUAAGAUUUAGUCCUAAGAUACCUCCUUGUUCAAAUUCACAUACGGCAGAACUUAGUAUUGAAGCACAAAGUACUGGAAUAGCUUCCAAAAUGUCUGCCUUUUCUCCUGCAACCAUUCCUAUGGAGCACAUGCUUGAUUUUUCCCAAGCCUCUCAUCCAGAAUCACAGUCCAAAAAUAUAACUUCUUCAUUGCCAUUAGUUGAUGCAAUAAGACAACCAUCUGUGAACACUCCUUUUCUGCAAAAUAUAACAGAUGACACGGAACAGAUAUUAAAGAAACAAACUGAAGAGCUGAAAGCAAAUGUUGAAAUAUUUUCUGAGUGUAUUAAACAGAAUGUAUUUUCAGUCCAAGAACAUCUUCAGUUUUUACAACUUUUAAAAGAACAACUGGAGCAACUGGAACAUAAUUAUGUAGCUACCAAGGAAAAACAUCAUGCUUUGCAACUUCAGAAUCAUAAGCGUUCAUCAAGAACUAUUGGAAAAUUUGAUCCUAACAGAAAAGUAGAAGGGGAAAUAUUUAAACUUGGGAUGUUUCUAGAAGAUAUCAAGGAGAAAAUUGAGAAGACAUUCGCUUCGUAUUCCUCAACAUAUAUAUCAUCACCAUCAAUCAGAUCCCACCCAUCUCCUGUUUGUUCAAGUUAUUCUGUGAGUCCUUUGAAUACAAGUACCAAUGAAUCUCCAAAAAGAAACUUUGCAGGACUAAAUAUUCCCCAAAAUGAGAACUAUUGGAAGAAUAAAAAUCACCCUAUAGAAGUAACUCCACAAAAGGCAUAUAAAAAAGCUAUACAAGGUCAUAGCAACCAUCUGUUCCACCAAAUUCAUCUACAACUGCAGAAGAAAAAUAUCCAUUUAAAAAUGAUGGCAUCUAUGGACAAAACAAGACAGCAAACAAAUAAGCAUAUUCUUAUUGAAGAAUUUGACCAAUACCACAGAUCCCAUAAAACAAAACAGAAUUACAACAAUGAACAAGAAAAUACAGAUAGGAAUUUAAAUGAUCUUCAAAUAAGAUCUCCAACUCUAGCAAAUUUAAUCAGCAAAGAAUCUAAUGAGGUUGAUUUAACUUUACUAAAUGAACAAGGAAGGUCAGUUUCAGAUACCUUUCUUGAGAAAGUGAGACAUUCUACUGAUAAGCCUAAAAUUAUUAUGCAUCCUAUAUUGAAAAUGCAGUUAUCAAGAAAUAAAAUAUGCUCCUGUUAUUCUAAUAGAAAUAAAACAGAAUAUAGAAAAGCAACUAGAGGACAUUCUGAUUGUGAAAGAUUUCCAAUCUUCUUUGAACGAAAACCAGUGGAUUUAGAUGUAACAGGUUCUUUGCAAAAUAGCAUUGCCCAUCAAAGGAUUUGUAAAGAAGAACAGAGAGAAGAUUUUAUACACAGAUUAUGUGACAGACAGAAUCGAUAUAUUCCCCAAACCCGCUAUUCAAAGAUGCAUGAGAGCAUUAUCCUUUCACCACAGUACCUCUCUGGUAGUAAUAUUAAUGGAAGGAAGUCAGUCAGUAAUAGGAGAAAAAGGCAAAGUAAAGACAUAAAUAGCAUGAUAUUAAACUGCACUUUGGAUAAUGCUAUACAGAUGGCAAACAAUUUGAAGACAACAACAGAGCAUAUGAUGCAAGCUGUCUCAGAAGAUUUAGCUAAGGUGAAAAUUCAGACAUUAUCCAGUGGCACAGCUCAUCAGUACUGACAAUGUAUUUUGAAGACUAAUAAACUAUAUCUAGAAUAGAGGUAUUACAUCCAAAAUUAAAAUAGAUUACUGGAAAAAGAAACUUCUCAUGUUGGUUUUGAUGUAUCUAAAUUCUGUGUCCAAAUAAGUAUUUUUACAGACCAUCUUAGAUACUAUGUGGUACACCACACAGUACCUUACUGUUUCAGAU